UGUGCUGAGAGAGCUGUGACAAGCCGGAGGGGCAGCGAGCGGGGAGAAGCGCCUCGGGAUGCUCCUUGGCCCCGGCGGGCAGCCCCAGGAAAAAGCAUCUCCCCGGACAAAUUCACGCAGUUACAGGCGCGUCCUUCCCCAUCCCAAAGCGCGUCGGUUUCCUCUGGAUCCGGAGGGCCGGGAAGCCGGGUGGCCCCGCAGGACAGGAUGCAGCCCUGAUGCUCCUGGCCCCUCCUGAACCUCCGUCCCCGGUGCGUGUUUUAUACUGAGAGCUAAGAGUAAAUUAGAAGUCUCCAGAUGCCCACAAGUGGAGGGUGAGCAGGGAAAGAUGGGGAGAAGGCCUGAUUAGCUGCUCUCGCCGGUCUCUGGCACUCUGCUUCCCGCUACCUGUGCAAAGCUUCGAGGUUUUGAAUUGAGAGACGCCCCCGGUGCAGGGAAAGGGGAUGCUCGCUUAAAGCGGCGGAGCGGGCUAUUGGUCGGAGUUGAUCAAGGACCACAAGGUAAAGCGACCUCCCUGAGGGUCUUGGAGAACCCCAAGGGCAGGAUCCCAGCAGGCGGAAGCCUGGGCCUGAGCGCAAACCCUAGGCGUGGCGCUGUCCUCGGUGCUGAAAGUUGCGGCGAGCUGUUCCUUGGGAACUGAAACUGCGUAAGAAUCAGCUGAAGGAAGACCUUUGAACGACGAUUUAGACAGGCAUACAUGUCCGAAAGGAGGCUGCUUUGGAUCCCUCUGGACUUUUCCUAAGAGGGGGAUUACUGCUCACUAGAUGAGACAUAGAAGCAUCUAUUAAGGCUUCAUUAGCCCUCUGCAACAGUUCACCAUCACAGUAACCACAGACCACUUCAGAAUGAGUGGCUUCCUCGCCUCCCUGGAUCCCCGGAGGGUGCAAUGGGGGGCUGCCUGGUAUGCCAUGCACUCUAGAAUCCUGCGCACCAAACCAGUGGAGUCCAUGCUGGAGGGAACUGGGACCACCACAGCACAUGGCACAAAACUAGCCCAGGUGCUCACCACUGUGGAUCUCAUCUCGCUUGGUGUUGGCAGCUGUGUGGGCACUGGGAUGUACGUGGUGUCUGGUCUGGUGGCCAAGGAAAUGGCAGGACCAGGUGUCAUUGUGUCCUUCAUCAUUGCAGCUGUGGCCUCCAUAUUAUCAGGUGUGUGCUAUGCAGAGUUUGGAGUUCGUGUUCCCAAAACCACAGGGUCAGCCUACACCUACAGCUAUGUGACCGUUGGGGAAUUCGUGGCUUUUUUCAUUGGCUGGAAUCUGAUCCUGGAAUACCUGAUUGGCACUGCAGCUGGCGCCAGUGCUCUGAGCAGCAUGUUUGAUUCACUGGCAAAUCACACCAUCAGCCGAUGGAUGGUGGACACCGUGGGAACCCUCAAUGGCCUGGGGAAAGGUGAAGAAUCAUACCCUGACCUUCUGGCUCUGGUGAUUGCCAUCAUUGUCACCGUCAUUGUUGCUCUGGGGGUGAAGAAUUCUGUGGGCUUCAACAACGUCCUCAACGUAUUAAACCUGGCAGUGUGGGUGUUCAUCAUGAUAGCAGGCCUCUUCUUCAUCAAUGGGAAAUACUGGGCUGAGGGCCAGUUUUUACCUCACGGCUGGUCAGGGGUGCUGCAAGGAGCAGCUACGUGUUUCUAUGCAUUCAUUGGCUUUGACAUCAUUGCCACCACUGGAGAGGAAGCCAAGAACCCAAACACAUCCAUACCUUAUGCGAUCACCGCCUCCCUGGUCAUCUGCCUGACAGCAUAUGUAUCUGUGAGCAUGAUCCUAACUCUAAUGGUGCCAUAUUAUGCUAUUGACACGGAAUCCCCGCUCAUGGAGAUGUUUGUGGUUCAUGGCUUCUAUGCUGCAAAAUUCGUAGUGGCCAUUGGUUCUGUGGCAGGGCUGACCGUCAGCUUACUGGGCUCCCUCUUUCCAAUGCCAAGAGUCAUUUACGCCAUGGCUGGUGAUGGGCUUCUUUUCAGAUUCCUGGCUCAUGUGAGCUCCUUCACAGAAACACCUGUGGUGGCCUGCAUUGUGUCAGGGUUCCUGGCAGCUCUCCUGUCACUAUUAGUCAGUCUGAGAGACCUCAUAGAAAUGAUGUCCAUUGGCACACUCCUCGCUUACACCUUGGUCUCUGUCUGUGUCUUGCUCCUACGAUACCAGCCAGAGAGUGACAUUGAUGGUUUUGUCAAGUUCCUGUCUGAGGAGCACACAAAGAAGAAGGAAGGCAUUCUGGCUGACUGUGAAAAGGAUGUGUGUUCUCCUGUGAGUGAAGAAGAGUUUUCUGGCCCCGCCACCAACACAUGUGGGGCCAAGAACUUGCCAUCCUUGGGAGACAAUGAGAUGCUCAUAGGAAAGUCAGACAAGUCCACCUACAAUGUCAAUCACCCCAACUAUGGCACGGUGGACAUGACCACAGGCAUAGAAGCUGAUGAGUCGGAAAACAUCUAUCUCAUCAAGUUAAAGAAGUUGAUUGGGCCCCGUUACUACACCAUGAGGAUCCGGCUGGGCCUUCCAGGCAAAAUGGACCGGCCCACUGCUGCUACUGGGCACACGGUGACCAUCUGCGUGCUCCUGCUCUUCAUCCUCAUGUUCAUCUUCUGCUCCUUCAUCAUCUUUGGUUCUGACUACAUCUCAAAGCAGAGCUGGUGGGCCAUCCUUCUGGUUGUUCUGAUGGUGCUGCUGAUCAGCGCCCUGGUGUUUGUGAUCCUGCAGCAGCCAGAGAACCCCAAGAAGCUGCCCUAUAUGGCCCCCUGCCUCCCUUUUGUGCCCGCCUUUGCCAUGCUGGUGAACAUCUAUCUCAUGCUAAAGCUCUCCACCAUCACAUGGAUCCGGUUUGCAGUCUGGUGCUUUGUGGGUAUGCUCAUCUAUUUUGGCUACGGCAUCUGGAACAGCACCCUGGAGAUAAGCGCCCGAGAAGAGGCCCUACACCAAAGCAUGUACCAACGCUACGAUGUGGAUGACCCUUUCUCGGUGGAAGAGGGUUUCUCCUAUGCCACUGAGCACGAGAGCCAGGAGAACUGGGGCGGGCCUUCCGAGGACAAAGGCUUCUAUUACCAACAGAUGUCAGAUGCAAAGGCAAACACCCGGACAAGUAGCAAAGCGAAGAGCAAAAGCAAACACAAACAGAACUCAGAGGCCCUGAUUGCAAAUGAUGAGUUAGAUUACUCUCCAGAGUAAGAGCACACACAAAGGAAGUAUGUAGAAAUGGUGAUUUCUUUUCAGUAAUUUAACCUGUGGGCUAGGAGGUGAAAACAUGUUUUGGCUUUCAUUUCAAAAAUUCUGCCUUUCCCAAAGUCAAUUUCCAGUCCUAACCUGCCACUUGCUCAUUUUGUUCUUCAGGAUAGUUUGUGGAAGGGUUUCAUUUGGGUCCUAUACCUGGCCCCCUUAUGAAAAGAAUUAAACAAGAGGGCAUAAAACAUUCUAUCUUGGGUACAACCACCGAAGCUGAGAGCAACAAAUGUCUGGUAGCCUUUUUCUGUGCUGGUUGAAUCUUUUUGCUUCUUAUUGAGAUCCCCAAGAAACAAGGGGCAAACUUGCUGGACCACACUGAAAUUACAACUCCUCGUGGAGAUGUGCCAAAGCAGGUGGUUGUGGGCAAGGCAGCAGAUCCAUCCCAGAGGCCACAGGGGCUAAGCUCUGAUCUCAGCAGGCUGAGCUCCCUGGCUCAGGAUGGACAGGUGGGAAUUGGAACUUCCUCAGAAAGCAGCGCUGUGUCCCAAAAAUCUCACAGAAAUUAAUUAUUUUUCUCACAGGAAAAAAAAUGAGAAGAUACAUGGGUUUUUUGUUGUUGGUGGUGGUGGUGUUUUUAUUCAGCAAGUCUGUCUCUCAGUCUCUAAACCCUAACUUCAGGAUGCAGCAAAGGUCAGGGAUUCUGAGAUCAUUUCCUUGAAGUUUUUAGAUUCAUUAGAAAAGAGUCAUGCUGACCUAAUAAUGGGGUAAGAAACACCACCAAAGCUCACGUAAAUGCCCAGGUGGCAAAAAGAAAUACUCACCUCUUGCCAAAAAGGCCGAAAGGGUACAAGCAGAAAAUAACUCUCUGUCAUGCCUUCUUUUAUACCAGAUUGAAUGCUCCGGCUGACCGGUUGAUAAGGGACAAGGUUGGAGCCUGAGCUCAUGGUAUUAGUAUGUCUUACAGAAGUAGGUCAUUUGUUUUAUAAUAAGAUGAAAAAACUUUUUGCAAGAGGAGAUCCAGCCACUGAGAUCACAUUGCAAAUUCUGUUUGAGAUUUCUAGAUAAAUUCUGUCAUCUUUCGUGGCGUGCAUUCACUUCGUUGAUGGACACUACUCAGAAACAGAAGUGCUGAAGUACAGCUACUUAGGUCAUUGAAUUCCGUGCACUCACAUUUCAUUGCUGAACCGUUCUCCUGUGGAGUGGCUCACUUUUAGACAUGUAAUUUUUUUUCUGUUACUUAUUUUCCAGAGCAGCUUCACCAAAUCCCAGAGUAUCGUCUACCUAGUGAAGUCUAAAUUUGUCCCAUAACUGGCAUCAUUCCCUAAAGGAAUGUCAGGAAAAAAAUUAAAUGAGAACAUUUGCAAUAGGCAAAAUGCAAAAACAAAGCUGGUAUAUAAAUCCUAUUCUUGGGUGCCAGGGAUUCCAGUGAUGGCAAUAAGACGGAUAUACAUGUUUUGGAUCAAGCUAAAACACUUGUGCACAUGUCUUGAAAUGGAAGCAAAAUGACAAAUCCCUGGCUCUUUCUUUUUCUCCUGGAAUUAGCAUCAUGCCAAAAGUUUCUCAGAUUAUAUUGACUAAUGUUUAGAUCCACUCUUUCUUGAUGAUAAGUCUUGCACCAUCCUGACAUGUUUUAGGAUUAUGGGAAAGAGGCAAAAUUCUAUUUAUUUCACUCAGUGCAUACUGGUUGGAAAUGUAUCAAGUGCUCAGUAUUAGGAAUGCAAAGAAGUGUAACAUUUGACUAGGGAGUUCACAGGCCACAGAAUGAGCAGGACUUCUAACCUGAUAAACAUAGAUAAAGCCACAAAACUUGAUAAGUCCUUGUAGUUGAUUUUGCUGGGCUUUAGCCUAGUAAUUAAUCAAUUAAAAUAAUUAAAAAUUAGUUGAUUCUAGUAUUUUAAUAUGCUUUCAAAUAAAUUGCAUAUCACAGUCAUAGCCAACAUAUGCCAUUAAGUUAAAAUACCUUCAGUUUUCUAGAACUAUUUUCCAUUCCUCUUAUUUAUUUAUUCAAACUAUGACUUUUCUAGGAUUACUUUGUCAUUUAAUGUAACAAGGUGUUUUUUAUUUAUCUAGAACUAUGAUUUCUCUAGGAUCACAUUGUCAUUUAAUGUAACCAAGCCAUACAUUCUCUUUUCUAAACUUAACCAUAGAGUGGCAUGGUCUGUGAAAUGCACCCUUGAGGAUUCACUGCUAAUUAAUUAUCAGAAAUGUUCACUAAAAUGAAGUUUUGAACUAGAUUUACAACUGAACAAAUCUCCCAAUUUAUAGACAAUCUUAAACUUAUUUUUUUAAUUUAUUUUAUUGAAUCACCAAGUGGAAAGUUACAAAGUUCUCAGGCUUAUAUCUCCGUUAUACAAUGCUCAAACACCCAUCCCUUCACCAGUGCCCAUAUUCCACCACCAAUAAAAACAAAAACAAAACAAAAACAAAAGCAAAAACAAAAAAAACAGUAUACAUCCCACCCCUCACCCCCCAACCCCCCCUCGUGCGUGAGUGAUAAUUUCACUUCCUUUUCUCUUUACCUUGAUUACUUUCCAGAUUUCAACACACAACUCACUAUUGUUGUUAGAGUUUCAAAACAGACUCACUAUUUUUGUUGGAAUUUAUCCCCCAAGAAUACAGCUCUAUUAACAAGGAAAUAUUUGAUAAUAAGUUUUCCACUGAUGAGAAUGAAGAGAUAAAAUGUUGCGCAGCCGCGGUAGCAGCCGCGCGGUUUACAAUUUCUGUAUUAUAGUGAUUAAGUCCGCGGAGAUUUAAGUUGGAAAAUGAAUCAUUUCCCUUCCUGGACCAGCAUGUAGCAAAAGCUUAGUUCACAGUCUCCAUACAUGGGUGCAAGCACUUGCUGGAACCCCAAAUCCUAAAUUGUCUCUGGUUCCCGCUCGUUCCACAUCCACCGGCUGUGCAGAGGCAUGGGCACCCGCCUUCCUUCUUGGUCUCUCUCCCCUCCGGGAGAGGGCGUGGUGUCCGACAUUUUGUGGGUCCGUUGAGAAGGUAUGAACUUUUGGCGCGGGGGGGGGGGGAGGGAAUGUGCUUUGAACUUGAAACAGCCGCGGGAUACCGGGGCAGUCCCCGCCAGGGCCGGCGCUCGGCUCCAGCCGGGUUUCGGCCUGGGUGCCCAUGCCUUUGCACAGCCGGUGGAUGUGGAACGAGCGGGAACCAGAGACAAUUUAGGAUUUGGGGUUCCAGCAAGUGUUUGCACCCAUGUAUGGAGACUGUGGACAAUCUUAAACUUAUGAUAGAUGAAGUAAGACUGUAUUCAUGGAAGAAAUUCAAAGAGAACUAUGAAUGCAAAUAAUAAGAUCCUCAUGUGAAUGAAAGAGCUUCCUUACACCAGAGAGGUUUAGGUAUUAAAACAGUAGUGGGUCAGAUAUAUGAAGUUUCUGUAGAGUGCUUUUGUAAGUAUUUUGGUAAGUACUAAGAAUCUGAUUUCAAACAGAUUCUAUGAACUAGUCUUUAGGAGUCUUUUUCCCAAACAGUAGUGUGUGCGUGUGUGUGUGUGUGUGUGUGUGUCUUUAUUUUUCCAAAAUUGGUAAGACAUCUACAUAGCAAGUUUCAUUUUUAAAACAGUCAAUAGGUGGGAAAGUUUCUAAAGGCCAACUGACAUGUCACUUGUUUCCCAAUCUCUAUAAAAUAAUCUGAAAUUUCAUAGUACAACAUAGUACAAUCACUAGAAUGACUGCAUGAGUGUUUUCUAAUCAUUUUCUUAAGAACACAUUUGUGAAAUUACAAUGAAAGUAAGAAUCCCCUCAUAAAAGAGGUGAAAUUUAGUAUAUGGCGUCCAAAAGACUUACCUUUCAUUGACUUCGAUACAGUGAGACCUCUUCCUGCAAGGUUCCAUUUUGUGUAUUAAUGAUUUAGAGUCCGUUGCCUUGAUUUUAAGAUUGUACUCGACUUUUUAAUAUCAGAUGGGUUCCAAGUGGUCAUUAAGAUACCAAAAUGAGAAUGAGAAUGAGAAUCUUGAGGGAAAUGAAAAUAGAAAGGACAAGACAAAGCUGAAAGCAUGUUUACAUUGUAGAUCUUUUGCAUUACUAACUUUGCAGGCAUAGGAGCAACUUUAAAAAUAAUAGAAUUGGUGGUAAAGAAAGAUGUACUCUUGCAUGCUAAGAAAAAAAUAUUUACACAUGAGGGCAAGGAUUUCACUAACAUAAAUGUUUGAAAUGUACAGACAGACUUCAAGUGUAGAUUUCACAAGCUACUCCAUUUUCCUGGAAUAUUGUGGAUGCUCAAUAAAUAUCUAACAGAUGGAUGGAUGGAUGGAUGAAUGGAUGGAUGGAUGGAUGGAUGGAUGGAUGGAUGGAUGGAUGAGAGUAAAUGAAAUAUCAUUCAUUUCAUCAUUUUUGUAGAAAUGUCUCUUAUAUACUAGAGCAUAAGAAAGAAAUGGAAUAUACAAAUAACAAUAGUGAAAGUGACAUGAUAAGAUAGUGAUAGUGCAUUAUGGGAAUUCGAUGUGAAAAAUAUCUGUUUCCACUGGAAUGACAAAAAAAUAGAUUACAGCCCUUGUGUUAAGACUAGUAAAAUGGGUAGAAUUUUGUCAUGUAGAAAUUGAAGAAAGGCAAAGUGAAAGUCAACAUGAGUAAAGUGUAGACUAUGGUUAAGAACUGCUCUGAGUAAUCAUAUGCAGUGUACUUUCAAGGAAAAGCAAGAAGCUAGUUUGACUGGAAUUUGUCAUAUGCAUGAUCUAUAUAUGAAACUGUAGCAAACAAUGUUGAGAAAAAGGCUAGGGGGCACACACACUCUCUCUCUCUCUCUCUCUCUCUUUCUCUCUCUCACACACACACACAAAUGUAAAACUGAGCUGGCUAACUCUCUAUGAAUGAAGAGGCAUUAGGGAACUGAUAAAGGUAAGAACCAGGGUAGGUUUUCAAUAGCUGAAUAAAUAGCAGUGCUCCUACAUUUAAAAAAAAGAACCAGGAGGCUGUAACUGAAGAAGCUGGGACAGUGGAUGGCUUCAUUUGUCUGUGGAAGAAGGUUAAAAAUCACAUACAUGUUCCAAAUUAAUUUAACAGAUUAAAAAUGAAAUACUUGGACUUAAGCAAUAUAUGAUUUCUCCUCUGAGUCUUACAUUUGAUUUCAUCAUUAAUCAAGGAGAAGUAUUAGAAUUUAGUGUGUAGAGAUACAAUACAAAAUUAUUUAUAGACACUGUAGUGCUUUCAACAAUAAGUUUAAAAAACCCAACAUAACAACUUUUUAUAUCUAAUCUAAACAAAAAUUUCAGCUCAAGAUUUUACUUGACUUGAGAGCAAAGACCACUUUGACAUAGGAAAUGUAAUGAAAAAACUAGAUUAUGUUAAAUAUCCAAUUCUACUCCAUAAUUACAAAUUAAUAACAAAUCAAACAUUUACACUAUGAUGACCUUUAUAAAUAAACAGGGAAAAUUGUUGACAUUAAUGACCUAUUCUUCUCUGGAAUGUACAGGUCAAUCAGGGACUAUAAACUUUGAAUUUACUGAAAAAAAAAUACAAACACCUUCAAAGAAAUGUCUGUUCUGCUCUAAGAGUGGAUAAACUUAAUAUUCUUUGCAUCACACUUGUGGAAGUCUACCCUAUGAGGAACUGACAAUCUCUCUUCCAUGUGUUAAAUAGAAGCUGGGAAAAUUGAGGAUCAGGCUGAAAGAAUAGAAGAAAUUACUCUUCCUCUUUCAUUGCGAGUUAACCACAGAUUUACUGAAUUUCAUGCCUCUGAUGAGAAUGUUUUGGUGAAUAGAGAAGUCAGAAAUCAGGAAAUAUGCGUGAAGCCAUAGAUGCAGCUGCUGAGUUGUCUCUUGGGCGUGAGCCUGCACUGAGGGGGCAGUUCAGAGAAGCUGAGUUCCUUAGGCAACAGUGAGGGAACAGCAAAGGAAACUUGCACUCCUGACUUCACCACCACAGCUGAUCAACGUGACGUUAUUCACUAGCCCUUUGGAACUAAACAAGUCAAAUAAAAUACUUCUACCCCAAAAUUUCACAGCCUGUUUCUCUCCUAGACAAAUACCUCUCUGAUGCUGAAGAGUUGUUUGUCUACUGGGGCCCAUUGAAGUCCUGAAAAGAGAGGGAUUCCAGAACAUAGCAAUGGGCUAGACUGAGAAAGAAAGACCCAGAACUUGGCCUUAAAGAACAUGCAGGACCCUGGAGGAUAGUACAGGGAAUAAAGUCCAUGCCUUGCACAUGCCUGAUCCUGGUUUGAUCCCCACCACUACAUAUGGUGCCCCAAGCACCACCAAGAGUGAUCAGGUGUGACCCCAAAAUCAAUAAAUAAACAAAACAGAAUGUGCAGGCACAAAAACACAGCCUUCCUCCUAAAAGGAAGAACCAGAAAGACGAUUUCACUUAGGAGUUUAUUGUGUAUUUCUCUAUUUGAAUGGUAUUUCUCUAUAAAUAAUAGAGAAUGUGUUUCUUUAUUGGAAUCACUAAAAGUCCUUCCCAUGUACAUAAUUGUUAGUAUGAUGUCAAUUUUUAUUUUCUCUAAGACUUUAGAGGCAAAGCUGUUGUAGAUUUUUUUUUCUUUUUUUUUUCCUCCCCAGGAGCACCUUGUUUUCCAGAAUGCUUUCGUCUUUUUGCUUGGCUUUAGUGGCACAUGCACCACACUGAAAUAUCUAGCAGUUGGCUUUUGCCAAAAUUACUUCUCUAAGACAAUGGUCUUUUAUUUUCUAGAAAUUUAAGUCCAAAACAGAUAGUGGAAAUUUUGAAGUCCAUCAAAAAGUGAACAUAUAUUCUGCAGUAUCAACUUAAAAUAGUGUUAAGAAUCAUUCAACAGUAUUCUCCAUGCAUGGAAUUACAAAACUCAUUUAAGACUUUCACAAAGACUGAUUUUGGGCUUGGAGACUUCUGAAAGGAGGUAGCUCUAGUUUCUUACGCUCUGCAAUAAGUACUUAAGGAAAAAAAAAAAACGUGUUGUAUCAGAACAAGGCAAUAGGGGUAGCCUGAGUAUUUCCUUUGGUGAUAUCUGUUCUUUCCCUCUAUUAUGGUUUCCUGACUUUGACACUGGUGACAUUGACUGAAGGUAGUUGCUGUGCUACGUGAAUUUCCCAAGAACUGCAGAAUGUGAGGGAUUUUGUUCAUUCUGAUAUUUGGGUGAGGACGCUGUCCUUAAACAUCUCCUAUUGAUUGGUCUUGGCGGUUGCUAAUACACAUAUCUGAAAGUAAGGAUUGCCCUGGGAAUUAUACACCCCUCCUUUCCAAAGCAAGAACCCUAUUAAUGCUAUGAUGGCGCAUAAAUACCUCAACUGUCUGGGCUGGUAGAAGGGGCUGCAGGUUUUAAGAGAAGAGCUAUUGUCCUCAUCCUACGUAGUUACACCAUAUAACACCAAGACUCAACACUCCAGCUUUUCUCACUGUGGAAAUGAUGCAUUACAGUUUAAUUCAUAUCCAAAGCUAUAAAUACAGCUUGUAAAUUUUACUAACUUGUUUCUCUUUUUGUUAAGUCCUUGAGAAGUACAACUGUUUUUUGCAGAUGGUAAUUUCUAGUGUCAUUUUCUGCUUUUGUUUUGGUAUGAAAUUGCUGUAUUUGUUAAAGUUUGUUUGUUUUGUGAUUUUUAAUUCCCAUUGGUGCACUAUACAAUGGGAUGGUGUAGUAUAUCAUGGAGGAAGAAAUAAUAAGCAGCUAUGUUAUGGAGUGUGUUUUAUUUCCAAAUGACUGUGGUGUUGACAAUAUAUUGAUUUAUCAAGAUACUAAGGGAAAAUUCUAAAUUUACCAAAAUGUGUAUAUUUUAAUAAAUGCAUAAAGCUUUA